UUCAAUCGAUAUUUUAAAUUUGUUUGACCUUUAAAAUCACAAUUUUUAACAUUUUAUAUAACAAUUCACGCAUAUUCGAGAAUUAUAUACAACUUUUCUCUUAAUUCUAAACUCACGAAUAAAAGGAAAUUAAUAUUAAUCAUUACGAUCUUUUAAUCUUUUCUCACCUCUCUGAGAAUCUUCUUCGUCCCCAAAAAUUAUUAUCCUUGAUAAAAUUCACCCGCCAAGAAAAGAAAAAAAAAAAACACACUGUCAAGAUACAUGCGUAUAUCACGUGAAUAUAUCAGAUGAAAUAUAAUUCAACCGCGCUUCAUUCCUCCACGGCGAAAGAGAGGUGUAAGCCCCGCGGUCGAAUCGAUCGUAACAAGGGAAAAGUCGGGAAUCGGAUCAAGUCCAUCGCUGGCAAACCGGCUGACCAACCACGGAUACGCCUGCUGGUUGCUUGCUUGCCACAACGCCAGGUCGUGUACGCUGGGUCAGGAGUGAGAGUCAGUCAUACCGACGCCGUGCUACCAUUCGCGUCACUCAUUUGGCCGAAUCACGGACGACAGCCUCCUCUCGAAGACGCGGCGGCAACACGGCUUGCAGACUUGCUCUGGAAACACGUCCAAUUGAAUAUCACGUGUCGCCCCUCGUAUCCUCCCGUGGACGAAUCUCGGUCCAGCGGAUGAUUUUUCCGUCACGGGAUCUUUGGGACGACUGAAGGCGAUUCGAUCUGGAGCUCGUCGUCGUUCGACGAACGGGAUCGUAUUUCAAAACAAUUCGCCGAGGAGAACGAGGAACGGAUCGAAGAGGGGAGGAGGAUUGUUCGAGCAUUGUCGAUUGCCGAGCGCGUUGUAACGUUUCGAGGCGGGGCGAGAAGAAGAGGGAAAGGGAGAUCAAAUUACAAAACAUUCGACCGGGAACAAGAGACGGACCAAGGGCGAAACAAUCGUCGAGGUUACGAAUCGAAAUAAUUUCGAAAGGAGAGGAAGAGCGAGAAGAGAGAGAGAGACGAGGCAAAGCGCGAGAAGAGCUCGCGAGAGGAGCACAGCCACGGAGGCAGAGCGAGAGAGGUGGAGUGAACGGGCGAUAAUCGAGGAUUUGAAUGGGUGGGCCGGGAGCCGGUAGGGUUAACAGGCACGAGCUGAACGCGGUGCCAAAGAGCGACGUCGGUCACGGGGAUAGGACCCUCGUAAUCGACGAGCCAACAGCACCAGCACCGGCCUGUCGGUGUCACCCGGCUUCGGACGCUGUGAUCUCAGCAUCUGGCCAGCACCUGGUCCCCGCCCAACUGCCGCCUUCGCCGCCGCCACUCGCCUCGUUGCACAUCGACAACGCGAACAAUUGCAGCUCGAUCGGCAACAACAACAACAACACUACUGCCAAAUCGGACGCGAUCUCGAACGGUACCAAAGCUGCUGCUACCAUGUCCUCGCCGCCCAAGCAUCGAAGGGGCUUCGACCCCAACGACGUAAACGCCACCGAUUAUCGCCGUUAUCGUCGAGUUAAGACGAGACGAGGCUUUGUAUGUUCCACACCGUGACCUUGGGCGCCGGACACAGACCUCCCCGACAUCUCCCGACAUAUAUCUGUCAGCACGAGGCAUUAAAACACACACAAGCUUGCGAUGUUCGAUGUUGGAUCGCUUACUGGUUGUAUACCCCCGAAUAAUAAAAAUUUACGAAUGAAAUGCGAUGAAAAAAAAAAUGAGCGAACAAAAAAAAAUG